CCGAAGAUGCGAAGGUGGCCAGCAUACGUGACUGGGCACGACCCCAUUCAGUGACUGAGGUCAGAUCGUUCUUGGGAAUGUGUGGUUAUUACCGCAAUUUCAUAAAGAAUUAUAGUACGGUCGCAUCUCCCUUGACUGAUCUAACUCGACUUGACACACCAUGGGACUAGACCGACGAGUGUGAGGCAACUUUCAAGCAUUUGAAGCAUGCUCUCACGCAUCAUGAGGUUCUCAUGGUACCCGACCCGCAAAGGCCAUUCGUUGUGACCACUGACGCAAGUCAAUAUGGGAUUGGCGCAGUGCUCGCUCAGCAGGAAGGGAAGAAGUUGAGACCGAUCGAGUACAUGAGCAAAAAGAUGCCUUCAAAGAAGUUGGCAAAGUCCACCUACGAGAGGGAACUCUACGCUCUUUACAAGGCACUUGUCCAAUGGAGGCACUAUCUGUUAGGAAGUUUCUUCUACUUGAGAACUGACCAUCAGACCCUCAAGUGGAUCAAGACUCAACCAGUUCUCUCCGAUGCACUCAAACGCUGGAUUGAAGUCAUAGAUCAAUAUGAUUUCAAACUAGACUAUUUGAAGGGAGAGCACAACAAGGUUGCAGACGAGUUGUCUAGGACGGCAAAUUACCUAGGUGCGCUGAUUUCUGAGUUUGGUCUAUCUGAAGAUGUAACUCCAUCGUUGGAUGAAGCCUACAAGGAAGAUCCCAUCACGAUGGACAUCAUCAACAAACUUCAGGCUAAGGACAAGGCCACUACUGAUGAAUUUGUGAUGGUGGAUGGGUUACUCUUUCUUGAGAAGGCAGGGUUUAAGAGGUUAGUUGUUCCAUCUAGAGAAACUUUGCGUAGUUUAUUUUUAGGUGAGUGCCACGAYGCAAUGGGACACUUCGGCUAUAAGAAGACUAGUGCUAAUUUAGUACAACGAUUCUGGUGGCCUAACAUGCUUGACGAUGUGAAGAAGUAUGUGGAGACCUGUCAGGUCUGUCAGCGGGACAAGCCGCGGACUCAAGCUCCGCUGGGGUUACUCAAGCCUUUACCCAUUCCUGUUGGUCCGGGUCAGAGUAUCUCCAUGGACUUCAUGGACACUCUCGUGACCAGCAAGAAUGGCAAGAGGCACAUCUUCGUCAUAGUGGAUAGGUUCACUAAGUACGCUAGACUAAUCGCCAUGCCAGAGACUAUCAGGACUGAGCACGUCAUCAAGUUGCUCAUAGACAACUGGUGGAUGAGAACCUCGCCAGUGCUCUCCGAUGCAUUAAAAUGUUGGAUCGAAGUCAUUGAGCAAUAUGACUUCGAGCCCCAGUAUCUCAAAGGUGAGUACAAUAAAGUUGUUGAUGCGCUGUCACGUAGGCCAGACUUCUCUGGUGCGCUGAUCACCGAGCUUGGGCUUGCAGACGAUGUUACUCGCUCUUUGGUGGAAGCCUAUCGCGAGGAUCCGUUCAUGGUCGAGAUCAUACACAGACUCGAGGCGAAGGACAAAAUGACUUUUGUGGAGUUUGAGUUGGUCAACGGCCUGCUGUUCCUUGAGAAGGUCGGGAAUAAACGUUUGUGUGUUCCUAAUAGAGAGUCUUUGCGUAGUUUAUUUUUAGGAGAAUGUCAUGAUGCCACCGGACAUUUUGGCUUUAAGAAGACUGCAGCCAACCUGUUGCAGCGAUUCUGGUGGCCCACGAUGAUGAAAGAUGCCAAACUGUAUGUCGAGACUUGUCAAGUUUGUCAACGUGACAAGCCCUGGACGCAGGCUCCUCUUAGGUUUCUCAAGCCCCUUCCCAAUCCGGAAAGACCUGGAGAAAGCCUGUCCAUGGACUUCAUGGAUACGCUAGUCACCAGCAAGAGUGGCAUGAGAUACAUCUACGUCAUCGUGGAUAGAUGUAGUAAGUAUGCUAGAUUACUAGCUAUGCCAGAAACAGCAAAGACCGCGUACGUUAUCAGGCUAUUUAAGGAGAACUGGGUUAGAGAUUUUGGCUUGCCAAAGUCUAUAAUCAGCGACAGGGAUGUUCGAUUCACCAGUGAUCUGUGGAAGGCCGCAGCUGCCGAACAAGGAACGCAGCUGCAGAUGACAUCUAGAAACCAUCCGGAAGCAAAUGGACAGGAAGAACAGAUGAACCGCGCUGUUCAACACUUGUUGACGCACUACAUUAAGCCUAAUCAAGUGGACUGGGAUGAGAAACUCGGUCUCAUCGCCAACUUGUACAACAACGCAGUUCACAGUGCAACGGGAGUAAGUCCUAACAGCCUACUACUAACGUUCAAACCUAGACUCCCUCUCGACUUUCUGCUACCUGAGAAGCAGCCCACUGCUGCUCCAGGCACUUUGGAAUUUGCCUAUAGAUAUGAGAAUCAUAUGCAGCAGGCGGUAGAACACAUGCACAAAGCACAGGCAGCAAUGAUCGAAUCUGAGAACAAGCACCGCCGCCCAUCUACGUUCCAGGUAGGGGACAGGGUCUGGGUCAAGGCUUCUGAAUUAGGACAGGAGCACGGGAUCUCCCUUUAAACUCAUGCCACAGUACUUUGGGCCAUGGGAGGUUCUGGAUGUAGUUGGGAAUGAACCAGACAGACCCUC